UACUUAUUUGCUCCCAGAGUGACACACAGGAGGCGGGGGAACUGUCAGCAUCUACAGCAGGAGCUGCUCUGACGUCACGAGCUCCGGGGCGGUGCUGCGGCCACAGGCUUCUAACAAAGGACCUAGGGACACCGAGACAAGAGAACUGCCAAAAUGCACUAGAGGUCUCAGCAGCAUCAGAAAGAGAAUUGGGAAAUUCCCUGGGACACAAAGAGCAGUCGAGGAAACAAAGAUUCAGUGCCAAUGCAGCAACAAAAAAGGCAGCCAGAACUAGUGGAAGGAAACCUUCCAGUUUUUGUUUUUCCUACAGAACUUCUUUUUUACGCAGAUGAUCAGUCAACACACAAACAGGUGUUAACUUUAUAUAACCCUUACGAGUUUGCCUUAAAAUUUAAAGUUCUUUGUACAUCACCCAAUAAAUAUGCUGUAGUAGAUGCUGCUGGUGCAGUGAAACCUCAAUGCUGUGUUGAUAUUGUUAUUCGCCAUAAAGAUGUCCGAGCCAAUCACUUUGGUGUCAUUGACAAAUUCCGUCUUCAAGUAUCUGAACAAAGCCAGAGAAAGGCGUUGGGACGCAAAGAGGUAAUAGCCACUCUCCUUCCGUCCUCAAAGGAACAACAGCACAAUGACGAGGAGGAUAAAAGAAUGAAAGAACAUUUAGCUGAAAGUGUCUUCUUUGAACAGCCACCAUGUCAGCCAGAUGUAAGAAAUUCCUCUUCAGGGCCGAGCCUAUUGAUGGUCUUCCUUGGCAUGGUUUGCAUUGCUGCACUGAUGAUGCCCACCUUAGGGGAAAUGGAAUCCAUGGUGCCUCUCUACCUCCACUUAAGUGUGAAUCAGAAACUUGUGGCUGCCUAUGUUUUAGGUCUUAUAACAAUGGUCGUGCUAAGAACAUGAAAUCGCAUUUCAUCGGACAUUUAUUGUGUACAUUUAUUUCAUUAUGAAUGUGGACUGCUAUAUACUCCAAUGGGGCCAAACUAUGCCCACCAGAAAGACUUGGCAGUUUUCAAAUGCAAAACUGUGGAAUAAUAUAUUUUAACUGUUUAACUACUGUAAUUGAAUGGCUGCAAAAUUUUACCAGUUAGUCCAUUAUGGAUGAGCGAGAAUCUUUUGUUUAACGAUAUCUGUGAAUUGAAACUGCAUUUUAUAUGUGUGUAUGCCUAUAAAUUACUUUUAUUGAAAAUGAAUUUUUUUUUUUUAAUACUUUGUUUGUUUUCCAGUAUUAUGAAAGUUUACACAUGAAUCAAGUCUGGUUCAAUACAAAUUAAUUGUAUCUUAAAUCUAAUAAUAAAUAUAAGAAAGAAAAUUCAAA